CAAGUACCUAGUACUGUCGACGUGCCAAGCUGCAGCAUGCAUAAGCUAGCAUUUUUGUUGUUUCUAACCAUGAUAUUCCUAUCUUCUCCUAUGUGGACGCUAAAGACAAUGGCAAAAGGUUUGCCUCACGCGCCAGACCUCGUGGUCGGGAAUGGACCAGGAAACAUCCCGACCAUCGCAGAGGCCAUCGCCAUGGCGGUCCAUAGCAAGGUUCAGCGUCGGAGGUUUGUUAUAAAAAUAAAAGCAGGAGUUUACAAUGAGAAUAUUAUCAUCGACGACCAUCUCCCACGUCUCACUCUACUCGGAGACGGAAAGGGACGGACUAUUAUCACUGGCCAACGAAGUGUUGGUGCCAGUGGUGGUUCUACUUUUGACACCGCAACCGUUGGUGUUGACGCAGUUGGGUUUAUAGCCCGCGGCAUAACAUUUAGAAACACUGCCGGUCCGGACAACGGGCAGGCCGUGGCGCUGCGGGUGAGCGGCGACCGGGCCGUGUUCUACAACUGCUCAAUCGAAGGCUACCAAGACACCCUCUACGUCUUCGAAGGGCGACAGUUCUACAAAAACUGUGACAUCUAUGGCACCGUCGACUUCA